UAGCUGUGCUAUAAUCGUAAUAAAAGCUCUCAUUCUCAUUUGUUUAUUUUGUUUUGUUUAGACAUACAUACAUGUAUGUACGUAUGUAUAUAUGUAUGACUUGUAUUUAAACCGGCAAACUUAUGAAAAACUUUUUCAUUGUUAAAUGACACUAAUUAAUUGUCGUUAUGCAGAACGUAUUGGUGAAACAGCUCCUGUAUAUUUAUGUGCCGUUUUGGAAUAUUUAACAUCAGAAGUAAUAGAACUGGCUGGUAAUAUUGCAAUCGAUCGAAAUCAAAAGAGAAUUAUUGAACCGCGAGAUAUAAAAUUUGGUAUUGAAUUUGAUCCUGAGCUAAGCAAAUUCUUACCAAACAUAACUAUACCGAAUAGUGAAAAACUUUUGUAUAUUGAACCUGCUUUACUCACUAAUUGUAAGAGUUUUAAAACUAUAUAUUCACAUAACCAAUUCACUUGGGAAGUAUCUAACGAAGUAAAGACUACACAUAACCAACCAGUGAUUAAGGAUAAUCUCUAGUGUUUAGUGUCUACACAGGAGGAGCGGCAGAUAUUUUCAUUAAUGAAAAGCGGACUUUUUCAUUAGUACACACUCUACAGAUGUCGAUUUUGUUCAUAGUUUAUUAUAAAUAGUAUUAAACUUUUAAUCCAAUUAAUUAUUUUUUAAGAAUAUUUUAAUAAAUACAAA